AUGUGUUGCCACAAGGCAUACUUCUUCGAGGGCUGCAACGAGUACGGCAACGACGGGGUGAUCCGCUGCAAGACCGCCAAGGGGCGCAAGAAGAACUGCGACCGCCACCUCUGGGGCUCCAAGCAGAUGGGCACGAAGCCCGGCAUGUGCCACGCACACCUGGCCCUCACCCCGCCGGACACCGACGUGUCGGGCGCGGACGACGACGAGCUCAGCGAAGGCGCGUUCACGGGGCCCCCGCCCGAGGGCCGCCCGCUGUUCGCGCCCACUAGGCACAUUGCGUUCGACCCGUACAGCGCCAAUGUCAUCCACCAAGCCCCUACCCUCCCCCAGCAAGCGUUCACUGUCCCCCAGACAGCCGCUGCCAUCCUUAAGCAAUCCUCUGCUGGCCCUCAGCAAGCCUCUGCUGCCCCCGACGAGCAAGUCCCUGCUGCCCCCGACGAGCAAGUCCCUGCUGCCCCCGACGAGCAAGUCCCUGCUGCCCCCGACGAGCAAGUCCCUGCUGCCCCCGACGAGCAAGUCUCUGCUGCCUCCGACGACCAAAUCUCUGCUGCCUCCGACGACCAAAUCUCUGCUAUUGUCCAGAAAGCCUAUACUGUCGCCCAGUCAGACGAGGAUGACGAGCUCGAGGAGGAGGAGGGCGACGCUGACGAUGGCGGCGAGAGCGAUGUCUCCGAGCACAACGAGCAAAUCUCGACCGUCCCCCAGCUAAACGAGGAGGACGAGCUCAAGGAGGAGGACCACGGUUAUGAUGGCGGCGAGAGCGAGAGCGAUGUCUCCGAGGAAGACGAGGACGUUGAUAUGGAGGACGAGGAAGACUCUGAUGAUUAUGAGCUAUGGGAGGGUGAUGAUGGUGACGGUGAUGAAAUGGACUUUGGUGAGGAUGAUGAUGAUGAUGAUGAGGAGGAGGAGGAGGAGGAGGACUCCGAAAUGCAGGAUGCUGGUAUGGGGGGUGAGGGCGACGACGGAGACCCAGACUCCGAAAUGGGGGAUGCUAAUGGGGAUGACGAGGACGAGGAUGACGAUGACGAGGAGGAUGAGGACGAAGAAAUGGAGGACUCCAACAUCCAGGAUUCUCAUGUCCAGGGCUCUAACUUCCAGGCGAUUAACGGCGAGAACCAUCACGUCCAGAACCCUCAAGUACAAGUUCCUACCGCCCAGGUUCCUACCUCACAGGCUCCCACCGUCCAGGGCUCUACCUUCCAGGGGACCAACUUCCAAGCGAUUAACGUCCCGAUGCCUACUGUCAGCCGCCCCACGAACCCUCUCCUCAGGUUGAGCAACCCCGACAGCCUCAACAUGGAGCACUUCUCAGACGAGGAGGAUCUAGAUAUGGCUGAUUUCGACGAGGAGGAGGAGGAGGAGGAGGACGAGGACGAGGCUGGUGGCGAGAACGCUGGCACCGGCAACGUCGACGCUUAG